AGACAGUAGAAUCUCAAUUGUUAAAACAUUCGGUUGUGGUGUCUUAUUUCAUUCGCACGAGCAUACAUUUCAGUGGAAUCAAUUCGCCUGAAAAAAUCCAAUAAAAUGUCUUAAAAAUGUCUAAAACAAUCCCCAAGUUUAUGUGAUAAGAAUAAAAAAAGGUUUAAUAUCUAUAUUAAAUCAAAAUUUUUACAAUGCAACUCAAACUUAAAAUAAUACAAAAGUGCCCACAGAAUUAGAGAAUUACGCAUUGUGAAUAGAUUUUUCUAUAACCUGUAAUUAGCUCAUUUAACAUAUUUCCGCCAAUUUGAGCGAGCAGUCAUGCAUCACACAACAAAAAAUGCAUUCGAUAGAACGUUUUUCAUUCUCACAAUGGCAAUUUUGUUGACGCCGGCGUGUAUGGAAAUGACUUUGGGCGAGUCCCCUGUAGCAACUGCUGAUCGAAAUGAGGUCAAUCCACUAUGGCAUGCGAACUUUACUCCAGCCAAUAUGACAGCACAUAUGGAUAGCAUGGUUACAAUUAAGGUGGUAAUAACGAAUAUCAGUGUUGCCAACUUAAAUGAGGUUAAUUUUCGAUUUCACAGCAAAAAUGAACAUCUGGCCCAAGUAGAUGAUUUAGUUCUGGGCACAGAGAUAGAUAAAAAUACACAUUCGUGGCAGGGGAAUAUCACCAUCGAUGUGAAAUUUUUGGGAUUUACACAAAUUCAAGUGCAGAUGAUCAAUGAAAAGGAUAACACCACAGAGAUUGGUAAAGAAUUAUUGCCGUUGAUUAUAAUACGAAAGAAGCGAGUAAUCGAUCAUGUAUUUACGGGCUCUGUGGCCCUGUUGGUAUCCUUAUUGUAUAUCAAUUUUGGGGCAGCCUUGGAUUUGACGGUGCUAAAGGGACUCAUAAUAAAACCGGUGGGCCCCUCAAUUGGCUUUGCUUCCCAGUUUUUGCUUAUGCCUCUGACAAGUUUCGCUAUUGGCCUUUUUGUAUUCCCUCAUAACGUUGAAAUGCAAUUGGGUCUCUUCUUCACAGGAGUUUCUCCCAGUGGUGGUGCUUCCAACAUAUGGUCGGUGUUACUGGGAGGAAAUAUCAACUUAUCGGUGCUGAUGACUACGGUCAGCAAUAUUGCAGCCUUUGCCAUGAUGCCUUUGUGGAUUUUCUCUUUGGGCAGUUUGAUAUUUGCUCGAGGAAAUAUGGAAAUUCCUUAUGGAAAUAUAGCCACCUAUGCGGUUGCGUUAGUGGUGCCCUUGGCCAUUGGUAUAGCCAUACAAAAAUGUUCGCCACGCUUGACAAGGAUUUUGGUGCGCUUCCUUAAGCCCAUAUCAACGUGCCUGAUAUUGUUUAUAAUUAUAUUUGCAAUAGUAACAAAUUUGUAUAUGUUUCAACUGUUCUCAUGGCAGAUUAUUUUGGGUGGUUUAUUGCUUCCCUGGCUGGGUUAUUUAUUUGCCUGGACUUUGGCCAAGACCCUGAAACAAAACCCUUCCGAUGCUUUGACCAUAGCCAUUGAAACGGGUAUACAAAAUACAGGAAUAUCAAUUUUUCUUCUACGCAGUUUGCCACAACCGCAGGCGGAUUUGACUACUGUAAUACCUGUUGCGGUGGCCAUUAUGACACCGUUUCCUUUAUUAGCUUUAUAUUUGUAUCAGAAAUUUACAGGCCAUGUCAUAAAGGGCGACAACUCACUACAGGAGGAACACGAAAAUAUGAGGACAUCGUAAAAAUCUACACUCCAUUAAGGGUUGAAUUGUUUUGUCAUGCCUUGCAUGUAACUCUACCAAAUGCAAAUCUGUAUAUAUACCAAGUGCACAUAUGUACAUACAUACCUUUUUCUAAAUGUAUUUUGUUUUCUUGUUAAUAAAUUAUAUUUCUUUUGAGUUUGUCUUCA